AUGGCGCUAACUCAACCCAUCCCUACACUGACUGGACUUGGUAGUCUUCCUGCAACUUCCCACCCUUUGGUGCAAUAUCGAUCUUUGCAUCCCACAUUUGGCGCAGAUGCGUUCGCCGACUUCACUACGAUAACGCAGGAACUAGUAGAUGAGAUCAAAAUGGGUCUGGCCAAGUACGGUGUUCUAGUCUUCCGUAAGACUGGCCUCAGUGAUGCUAAACACGUAGAAAUGUCGCACCUAUUUGGCGACUUGGACGAUAUUGCACCUUUUGUGAAAGGUCUUGGACAGGAGAAUCGUCUAAGCAGUGAUUUCCUGUUUGACGUCGGUAACGUAAACCCUGACGGAACGGUCAUGCAGCCUGGCGGGAUGCGAGAUCUCUUGCUGCGAUGUAAUAAUCACUUUCACGCCGAUUCUGCUUUCAACCCUCGCCGAGCGGGUAUAUCGCUUCUUCUCGCUCACGAGCUCCCUCCGGCGGGAUUUGGUGGAGAUACUGAAUUCGCUGACACGCGCUCUGCUUAUAAGGGGUUGAGCGAGGAGCAGAAGGAGGAAAUCAAUGACUGGGUGGUCUGCAACAGUCAGCUGAACUGUAGACGCAAUGCGAACAUCGAUGACAACGGCAAGCUGAACCCUCUGCUGGAUACAGAUGAGUUUGAUCCUAUGAAACAUCGUUUCGGCAAGCAUAAAUUGGUACAGACGCAUGAGCCCUCGGGACGCAAGAAUCUCUACAUAGCGGCGCAUGCUCACCACGUAGAAGGCUUGCCUAUCGAAGAGAGUCAACAGAAGCUGAAUGAGCUGUUGUCGCACGCCGGUAACCCGGAAUAUACUCUCAGGGUAGAAUGGCGCGAUCCGGGCGAUCUUGUCAUCUGGGACAACACUUGUACCCUUCACCGGUCCAUUCCAGGAACGUUCGCUGGCAAGUAUAAACGAGAUCUUCGCCGAACGACAGUACAUGACACUAGUACCCAAGCUUGGGGUUUGAACGGCGAAGGCGCAACCUGGAGAUCAGGAUUGGAUUAG